AUGUANAAAAACAGAAAAGCAUUUUAGAGGAAUUGUUAUAUCUGGAUAUCCUAAUAAUAUUAAAUAGGCAUAUUAUUUAUAAUCUUUAGGAAUCAUAUAAGAAAGGUAUAGUAAUCAUAAUAAUUCAUAUUUUAGAUUCUUUUAUUUAGAAAGUGAUAUAGAUUUCUGCAGAUAAUAUUAUGAAUAAAUAUCAUAAACCUAAGAAGAAGUCACUAAAGCAUUGACUAGAGAUAGAUUAAAUAAGAAAGAUCUAGAAUAUAUUUAUGGAUCUUAUAUGGAUAUAUUUAAUACAUCAAAAAGAACUAAAGAAGACAUUAUUGAAAAUAUUAAAUAGAUUAUUCGUUUAAGAGAUAGGAAGUUUCCUCCUCUUAGAUUUCCAAGAGUUGCAAUUAUUAGACCACCUGGUUUAAAAGAAAGAGCUAAUCAAUUAGCAUAAAUCUUUAGUAAAAGAUAUGGCCUAGUAUAACUUAUUACUUUUGAUAUCAUUUAAACAUAAAUUCAAAAUAAAGGAGCAUUAGGUCCGCUCAUUUAUAAUACACUUUAAAAUGAAGAAGAAAUACCUAAUGAUAUUAUGAAUAGUAUUAUCUAUACUGAAGUACUUUCUACUGAAGCUAGAACUAAAGGAUGGGUUUUAGAAGGAUUUCCAAAAAAUGAAGCAUAAUUAAAAUUCUUAGAAGCAUAACAUGUUAAUUUAUUUGUUGUUCUCAAUGAAGACGAGGAUGUCUUAAUUAAUAAAUCUAAAUAACUUAAAAUAGAUCCUCUCACUAAAAUUAAAUAUGAGAAAGUACCUUUAAAUAAUAAACCAUUAUUAGAUAGAUUAUCAAAUUUUUAAGUAAUUGUCAUUUUUUUAUUAAGAUUCAUAAUGAAUAAUUACUCAAAUCCAGAAUUACCAAAUAUCAAACAUUUGUUAAAUUAAUUGAACAGAAGUUUGGUGAACGUGUUUAAGUUUUUAAAUUAGAAAAAGAUUCCACUGAAAAUAUAAUUAGAGUUACAGAUGUUUUCUUAAAUAACCCAAAAAUUUAUAAUUGA